AUGGACCCCCUACCUGCAUACAAUGUUUCUCGUCAGAAUAAGAGUAAGUUGCGACUUUACAGAAAUCCAACGGACCUUGGCGAUGCCGCCCCGGUGACUCUACCUAACCCCCGCAACAUGCCAGACGAAUCUAUGCAACGUGCUUCAACAUUACCCGUGACUAAAUCAGAAUCUCCGUCGGCUUCAAUAUACUCAGACAUACAGUACUUUGAUUCUGGAGAUGACUCUAAACUUAAGAAACAAGCCAAACAGAAGAAGAAUAAGUUGUUGAGAUUUACCAAGAAAGCAGGCAAAUUUGCCAGUGACAUUGCCUUUGGUUCUGCCAUGGAGGACGACACGGGGUACAUAACACAUCCAUUUAUCCCGCACGUUGGUGGCCAUGGCUUUAAGUCAUCGAAACCGACUUUGAAACCACAACUUGAAGAAGAAUACCAAAAAAAAUUACAUAAUAUUAGAUCUCAGACAGAAUCCCAUGGAAUGAUGUAUUAUCAUGAUUACCUCCGUUUUUUCCUUAAGUAUAUGGAUGAAAGUGAACCAAACGAUCCAUGUAAUUAUGCUAUAACCAGAAACUCUCUCUGGUGGGAUUGGCUACAGAGCUACCUGAAGGAGGUAUUAAGGACUCUACAAACUCGACAAAGGGCAAUAGAUGCAAAGAAACUUGAAGACGGAAACAGUGAAACAACAGCAACAAUAGAAUCACCUGAUCGAAACCUAAAGAGAUCGCAAACAUCGUCGUCCUCACUUUCGUCAUCUUCACAUCAAGUAGAGAUUGAAGAAUUACGUAAAAAGCUCAAGAGUCUUCCAACAAUCGAAGAGAUCGAAGCAGAGAUUUUUCAAGAUAGACGUAUAGUACUUCUCUUGUUAUGGCAUAAUCAAAUACUGGAUAAAUUGUCAUUGAGAACAUCAACCUUAUCCAAGAUACUCAAAAGAUACCCCAAGGAUUCAGAAAUCUGCGUCAUUACAACCAAUAAGCUCAAAUCAUUUAGGGCAUCUCCCAAAGCCAAGCUCCGAAAACUUUUCAAAAAUCACAUACUACCCGCUUAUCUUGAACUGAUUGACGGUUGGAAUAUUCGUCAUGACUUCCCAGAUUAUAGAACCAAUAUGGUGUCUUUAACGGAUCGGUUUCAAUCUAUCCUUGAUCUGAAAUCAACAGGUUAUCUACCUGAAAAAUUAGUAGGUGAGAACCCACACUUUUGUGAUUACUCCUUCCUUUCAGAAGAAUUUGUCAACUCUAAAAUGGAUAAAAGGGAACGCACAUUUCUAUCAAAGUAUUCUUCUUUCACUGCACCGUCGAUGGAACGAUUGCCAUUGAAGGAUGAAUCGCAAAGCUUGAUAUUUGCUCCUGAUUUCUCACGUUUAGUACUAACCAAAUCAGAUGUCGAUGCUGGUCUCAUUGAAUUUGACAGAGUUUUGAAACCAGGAGGUUCAAUAUCCCUUAUUAUGUUUGAUUCGUUGUCAUAUACUCAUACGCCAAAUGUUGAUAAUGAAGUGACGCUUGCGCAGUACAUCCAAAUCUAUAUUAAUCAAUGUAUUACCAAGCUUUCAAAAUUACCAAAGAUAUCGGAGUAUAUUUUAAGUUCCUUGCAGUCUCACAACUUUAAGAACGUCAAGUUCGUUAAGUUGGGUAUACCAGCAAUUGGGACAUUUACUGACGACUUUGAUAAAGAGAAAUUAGAUAAUUCGAGAAUUACUGGUCAAAAGCAACCGUCCAAUUCAAUGAAAAACAGACCACACGUCUUGUCCUCAACAUCGACUCUGAAGCCCGCUGGAACUUCGGUUUCCACAAAUUCAACAGAUCUAUUUGAUUACCACGAGAAUUAUGACCCAGCCAGAGUUGAGGACACAUUACCCAAUAUAUCAGACCAGCCAAUAGCAAGUGUCUAUUCGAUGUAUUCAUCAUUCAUCGAGUUUUUAAGAGUUUCGCAAUUGGUUGAUUUGCACUCGUGGAUGAACGAUCCCGUCGAAGGAAAAGUGAGGUCAAGUACCAUGAAUGGAGUUGCUGCUGUCUCGGAUAUAACUGCUACCAUUUUGGAGAUGUGGUUGGACUGGAAGUUGAACAAUUUUAAUGGUCAGUUUGUCAAAGAAAUUAUUGUUGAACGAUUGAUAGACAGUGUCGAUAAGGACGGGUAUGAUGGCGAACUAGGUGUUCGUAUAUUGAACACAGAUGGAAAUUUCUGGUGUAACCCGCAAAAUGGCGAAGUCUCGGCCUGGUAUGACUCCCAUCACGGUGAGUUCAAUGAUGGAUUUGUUUUGGGUCUCGAUUCCGUAUUCCUAGUAACGGCCGAGAAGCUCUAA